AUAAUCGCAUGGCGGCAAACACCGCGCGUAAGAUUUACACUGAUAUUUUCUCAGCCUAUUCGAGUGAAAAAUUAUUGACAUCUUUUCUGCGUAUUUUACUCUUAAAAAAUAUCUAUAAAAUUCGUUACCGUGUAGAAAAUUGAUACUAUGUAAUGCAAAAAUUAUACGCAAAAAGUACGUGUAUACUUUUAAAUUUGUGUGUUGAGAUAAGAAACUUUACAAGGCUUGCCCUAAGAAUUAAAAUGAUUUUAUUCGUCGGAGAGAAUAUUUGCAAUAGUUUCUAACCUAACUUAUGACGAUCUGACUAACCUUUCUUGAUGUGUCAGUUCAGUUGACAGAUUGCUGUAACUGCCCGAUUUAAAUAUUACGAGGCUUCCAUACAAUACGAGUAAGAAACGAUGAACGUUCAAAUACGGCACCCUUACGAGGGUUUAUUGCAUAAGUAUACUAAUGCCAUGAAAGGCUGGCAAUAUCGUUGGUUUAUCCUUAGCCCAGAAACUGGCGAACUACAUUAUUUCAUUAGCGAAUCUGAGAAGAAUCAAAGACCAAGAUGCUCAAUAUAUUUAGCAGGUGCAGUGAUUGCGCCGAGCGAUGAAGAUUCUAAUACAUUCACUGUUAAUUCUGCUACAGGUGAUAUGAUCAAAUUAAGAGCAACAGAUGCUCGAGCUCGUCAGGAAUGGGUGGAUAAACUGCGAGCUGUUACAGAAAUGUAUACUAGAGCAAUUGCUAGCAGUCAUCCCCCUCUACCUCCAAGAGAACAUUCAUCAAAUUCCAAUAGAAAUCCAGUUGCCAAGCUGGAAGUUUUAGAUGCCUUUGCUAAUUGUCAGGAACAAUUAAGGAAAGUAGAAAAGCACAAUAUCGCAUUGGCACAAACAAUUGAAAACUCUUGUUUAAACUUGGACCCCGAUUUGCUAGUUCUUAAAGCUACAGCACAUACUACACUACACACAUUAAAUCAAUGUCUCAAUAUAUUAUAUCAAUAGUUUUCACUAGAAG